UUGUAGAAUUGGACAAUAUUACAAGAGCGUAACACGUGUAUUGGUUCUACGAUUACCAUAUUUGUCUAUUUAUUGCAGAUAUUUAUUAAUUUAUUAUAAAAAUGAUUAUACUGACAAACGAUAAUAAUCCAAACGCGUUGAAAUUGAUUAUCGGUCUGAAAUUAGCCCAGCAGAGUGUUGAAAUAAAUACUGUGUCACCUCGAGACGCUGUAUUAGGAUAUUUACCAUCGCUGCAAUUGUCCUCAGGGUCGAAUUUAUUCAGCACUAGUGCAGCACUUCAGUUUUUAAUACCGACGCCUGAAGAAUCUAGUGUUCUAAUUAACAAAUGGCUCGAGUGGGACAUUUCUCAGUUACAGCCUGCAUUGGUUUCUUAUGGGGGUUCAGGAAAAUUAGACACUUCCCAUAAACCUCGGAUAUGGUCUUUGCUAAAAGAGUUGAAUACGUUCCUGAAAAGCAAAAAGCGUUUGAUAGAGACCAACACUAUUCUGUCAGUGGCUGAUAUUUCUAUUUGGGUUUCUUUGUGGUCAACAAUAGCCGCCGUUGAAGUCAGUAAGGAAUUAAGCAAAGAGUUUCCUUAUGUCCAAGAAUGGUUGAACAAUCUUGAAUCUCUUCCAGUAGUUCAGGAAUCACUGAAAGAAUUUAGGUUUGAAAGAGGCAUGAACGCAAUAGGCAGUAUCCAAGCUGCUUCAUGGUUUCCACUCAAUUCAUAUACAGGAGGAACAUUGAAUAAACAAUUAUCAAAUGAGGUAAAUACGCCAAAGGAGAAAGAAGUAGCUUCCAUUAGUGAAGAGGAAAUACUGAGUGUUAAGAAAAAUUGGACAUCCAAAGAUUAUCCUAAUCUCAAAGAACCGUCAUAUCCUGUACUUCCCAAGAAAGGGGAAAAGAAUAUUCUGAUAACUUCAGCUCUUCCUUAUGUCAACAAUGUGCCUCAUCUUGGAAACAUUAUCGGAUGUGUUCUGUCUGGUGAUAUUUUUGCCAGAUAUUGCAGGCAAAGAAAUUAUAAUACGCUGUACAUCAGCGGUACUGAUGAAUACGGUACAGCUACAGAGGCUAAAGCGGUUGAAGAGAAUAUGACACCGCAGCAAAUUUGUGACAAGUUUUUCAGUAUUCACAAUGACAUAUAUCGAUGGUUUAGCAUAGGGUUUGAUUACUUUGGACGUACAACAACUCCUGAACAAACAGAAAUUGUGCAAUCUCUAUUCCUGCGUCUGAAAGACAAAGGAUUCAUAAACACGCAAACAAUUGAUCAAUUGCUUUGCGAAAAAUGCGACAGGUUUUUAGCCGAUAGAUUUGUAGAGGGAACUUGUCCAGGCUGCAAGUACGAAGAUGCUCGUGGAGAUCAAUGCGACGGAUGUGGUCAUCUUGUGAAUGCCACUGAAUUGUUAAACCCGCGAUGUAAAGUGUGCAAUAGUUCGCCGGUUAUUAAACCAUCGGUGCAAUUUUUCCUCGAUUUGCCUAAAAUAGAACCGAGGUUAAAGAAGUGGGCUGCGAACAUCGAAGGAGAAUGGUCCCCAACAGCAAGAGUUGUUGCAAAACCGUGGCUGCGUGACGGUCUGAAGCCACGCUGCAUAACGCGAGAUUUGAAAUGGGGGAUUCCUGUGCCGAUCGAGGAGUAUAAAAAAAAAGUAUUUUACGUUUGGUUCGAUGCUCCAGUUGGUUACAUAAGUAUUACGAAACGGUACACGAAGGAGUACGAGCAAUGGUGGAAGCCGACGGACCAUGACGUGAGUUUGUACCAAUUUAUGGCGAAAGAUAACGUUCCAUUCCACGCAAUCAUGUUCCCAGCAUCUCUGUUGGCUGCCGACAACGGACAUAUACUAGUGAAUCACAUUAUGGCAAUCGAGUACUUAAAUUACGAGGAUACAAAAUUCUCGAAAUCUCGAGGCAUUGGUGUGUUUGGAACGGAUGCUAGAGACACUGGCAUUCCAGCUGAUGUUUGGCGAUUUUACCUUGCUUACAUAAGGCCGGAAAGUCAGGAUUCUAAUUUCAAUUGGGUCGAUCUGGCAACGAAAAAUAAUAGCGAAUUACUCAACAAUCUUGGUAAUUUUGUCAACAGAGCGCUGACGUUUGCUGAGAAAAACUUUGGAUCCAAAGUCCCACCGAUGGACCUUCAGGAAGACGAUCUCAUCGUACUCGCUCUUGCCCAAAGAGAACUUUCACAGUAUGUAGCAGCAUUAGAGAAAGCAAAGAUGAGAGACGCUCUCAGGCACAUUUUAGCGAUAUCCAAACACGGAAAUCAAUACAUGCAAUCACAAGAACCUUGGGUCAAAAUUAAGGGCUCUGACGACGACAAAAAAAAGGCCGGUACUGUCAUUGGUGUCUGCUCAAAUUUGGCCUGUCUUCUGUCUGCGUUAUUGGGCCCAUACAUGCCCAGUACAUCUCGUGAAUUGCGAGCGCAAUUGGGCCUAGAUAAAAUCAGCUAUGGUUACAUUCCGGAUACAAUUAUGACCUUUUUACCAGCCGGGCAUAAGAUAGGAAAACCAUCGCCACUUUUCAGUAAAAUUGAAGAGCAACAAGUUGAAUUGUUGAGGAAAAAAUAUGCUGGUAAACAAGACUCACCACCCCGAGAACUAACAUCAGUGAUCCCUGUUGCCGCAACAGAUGCUGCUGCGUUAGAAGCUGCAAUUGUCAAGCAGGGUUCGCUUGUAAGAGAUUUGAAAGCUAAGGGAGACAAGACUGUUUGGCAACCACAAGUUCAAAUCCUACUGCAAUUGAAAAAACAACUCGCUGAACUCACCUCUUCUACAACUAAAAUUACCAGUCAGUCAACGGCAGUGAAUGCAAAAAAAUCUGUACCUGCUCCAACCCCUGAACUAAACGGAGGUGGUGGACAAGACGUUGCUACUCUAGAAGCUGCAAUUGCAAAGCAAGGACUUCUCGUUAGAGACUUGAAAACUAAAGGAGAUAAAAGUGUCUGGCAACCGGAAGUGGAAAUUUUACUUAAUUUGAAGAAGCAAUUAGCCAGCAUAACCGGUGCUCCAGUCUCGGCCGCCAAUGAUAAAAAGUCAAAAAAGAAGAAAUAGUUUUAUUUCGAGAGUGCUUCACUUUGAGAUUCAAUAAAUU